AUGAAUGGUUUUGAGCAAUUCUGUAUUAAUUUGUAUAGCGAGCGAUUGGAAUGGUACUAUCAACAAAAGAUGCUAAGAGAGCUGCAGCUGGAAUAUCAGAAGGAGGACAUAUCCGGUGUUGAUGUGCGAGUAAUCAUUUUUAGCACAAAUAAUAUAUAA